AUACUUAUAAUCAUGAAAUAUGAACCACCUAAUUAAAAAUAGAACGAUAAAAACACUGCAACGUUACCUUAUGAAAGAACGCAUGGAAAUCAAUCAGUCUAUACUAAUAAAUCCCAAAUUUAUAGGAUAUUUGUUUGCCUAUACCGCAUUUUAGGUCGUUAAGCUGUGCGUGGUUUGUAUACAGUAGUUACAGUGAUGUCUGUGGUUGGAGAAAGGAAAAAGACUCCGAAAGGUUCACUUAAAGAGAAAGUGCUUCAGGUAUAUGAUAAGCUGUUCCAAGGACAAGACAUCACUCAAGGCAGAGCGGAAUUUUGGGACGACUUUUUCCUACUGAAACCCAAUCUCAAAUGUUUGUCUGCACACUUUGAGAAAACAAGUUCAGAAGAUCUUGUUAGACUGAAGCCUCAGCUCAACAGAUUGUUUAUACAAUGCCUUCAAACAGCUCAGUAUGAUGGACAUCGCAUCCGAGUUGCCAACGCUAUUCAGACGUUGGACUGUUUACUGAGUGGCGUUCACAAGUGUAGAUCAUCAAGUACAAAUGAGGAACUUAGCGCGAUACUUUUAGGACCGGAGCAUUUUAAAGAUUUCAUGGAGAACUAUAUUUCUCUAUGCGUUGAACUGGUCCGAGAAGAUAAACCAGAAUUACUUCGUAUUCUUAUAUUCAAUUCAAUGAUGACAUUUGCUUCAGUUACUUCAUCUUUAAACAAAAAUCCAUUUAUUCCUAUUCUGUUAGAUGAUCGUAUUUAUGACUUAAUUAUGAAUACAUUGAUCAAUCCUCAAUUAAGAUAUUAUCAUGGUGUUACUGCAUGCAGAUUUCUUGGUCUACUAUUACAAUAUACCGAACCUGAUUCAUUGAAUUUAUUUCAAACAUUAAUUCAGCAGACAGAAGAUGAACUGUUGUUAAAUAGUAUACUGUCUACUGUCGCUCUUGCAUUGUCUGAAUUUAACUUAAAAUUUGGACAACAACGUGACAAUUCUGGUGGUAUUCUAUCUUCUUUUUCAUCUUUUUUCACUACUUUGGUCUCCGGUGAUGUUGCAUCGAUUAUUAGUUUAAGACCAUGUGAUUCACUUUUGCUAUGUCUAUAUGAAUUAGCUAGAAGUAGUCAUCAUUUCGCUAUACUUCUCUCUUAUUCCAAUGGUCACUAUACAAAUAAUUCAAGAGAUUUAGAAAGUAUAAUUGUCCCAGAUCCUAUAUUAGAUUAUAGAAUUUUAAAAGCUAUUAGUACUGAAUCUAUGGUUGGUUAUUUGGAUCCAAAUUUAGUUUCACCGGGUAAAGCUGUUCCUGUAUCCGCUAUUACAACUAGUACCACUAUCAAUACUACCAAUAAUAAUAAUGGUAGUAGUAUUAACAGUAGAUCUUCCAGCCCACAAAGUUUAUCAUCUUUAAAUCAUUCAACUAAAAGUGUCAAUAGUAAUCGAUUGAAUACAAUAUCAUCAUUUAGUAAUGGACAGUUUAAUAGUAAUAAUAAUAAUAACCUCAAUUUGGACAUAGAUUCACUGUAUGCACCAUCUAUGGAACCGAGAAAUUUAUUGGCUGAUUUAUUAGAAUAUUGUUCUGUUGUAAUGCAAGAUGUUAAAACUCCGGAAUCACUAAACAGUUGUCAUCUUUGCUUAAUUAUUCUUUGCUGUAUAACUCAGAAUCAAUUGGCUUGUCCCUUAUUGCAUGAUAUGCAAACCAGUUUUAAAGUUAGAAUACAUAAAUCUCGUUCACGUAAAUCUGAUCCGAAAAGCUACAAUGCAUUUACAAGUCGUCCGAUUGCUAUGGUUAUUUUAGACUUGAUGAUAGAAUUUGCUCAUGGACAUUUGAUGAAGAAACUUCCACAUCGUUUAUAUAAACUUUGUUUAAUCGUAUGUCAAAAUUUACUAUGUUAUCAGAAAAUGCAUAAAAUUCGUUUGGAAUUCGACUGGAAAUCAUUAUGGACAGUUAUUUUAAGUUUACUCAAAUUUGUCCUCAACUUGGAUUGCAAUAAUUUACAAUUGCUUGAUGCUUUGAAAUUAAUGGAAAAGUCACUUCAAAUAUUCAACUUUUUCAUUCUUCAUGGUGAUAAAUUUCUUCAAUCGCCUGACGUUUAUGAUAACUUAUACUAUGAAUUAAUACGUAUGCAUUUACUUGUUGAGAAUCUUUAUGAAUAUUCUCUUCAACAUUCAACUAGUACUGUCAUGGAAAUUAAAGAUGCUGCAUCUUGUGUUGUACUUCAAUUAAGCACUCUACGAUCAAUUGUUAAUCAUUUCAACGCUAAAAUUGCUUCAUUCUCAACAUUAAAUAAUGUAACUUCUCUUACGGAGAAUCAAGUUUUAGAUAUUGUUCGAGCCAAUUAUGAUUCAUUGACUUUACGAUUUUUAGAUGAUUUAGAUAAAAUUGAAGAGUUUGAGAGUGACAAUGAAGAUUCAAUAAUGUUUCAUAAUAUUAUUGAAUCGAUCAGUAAACAAAUACGUAAAGAUUGUUUAGAUUCAAGUUUAGAUAUACAAAAUCAAUUGCAUGAAUUAUCAUCAAUACCAUGAAGUAAUAAACUUAAAGACAAAAUACCCUGCUACAAUAUUAUGAAUGUGAAUAUUUUCUUUAAAGAAAAGAAGGACAACAAAACAACAAUGAAUGACAUUUCUAAAUGUUGUAUACCAAAAUAAGAAGGUAUUUGUAUUUGUUGUUUUUUUUUGUUCUUCUUUACGUCUUUCAUAACUUUUUCUCUUUCUAUAGUUUUCUUUUGUAAUUCGACAAAGCAGUCGGAUUAAGGAGAUGUUAACUCGAUGUAUAUUUAUCAAACAGAAUAACCUUUCAUUGUCUAACAAUAUUGAUAUUGAUAUGAUCCCCUGAUAGAUUGCAUUCUUUUAUUUGUUUUUAACUCAUGGUUAUUCGGUUUGUGAUUUUUUUUUGUUGUUUGUCUCAUAUCUUGUUCUCCUUUGAUUUUGUCAUUGUAUUUCUAUACUUGGUUUUUUUCGUAGUUUGAUUUUCCUAUAAUCUGAGUUUGUACGUAAAAUCUUUGGAAAUAUUUGUCAACACAUUAUCUUUAUACAAAUAACAAAUUUUUCAAAGUAUGCAUAUUUUCUUUUCUAUUCAUUUUCUUUUACCAUGGUUUGUUGUAUUCUCAUCUAUACACACUACUAUUAUUCUAAUGUGAUCAUAAUAAUUCAUUAAAUGAACAUUCAUCAAUGUAUUCUAAUUUUGCAUAAAAUGUUUGUUUACUAUGAAUAUAAUAUGAGUAGUGUAUGCAAACAUAUCAUUGGAGUAACUAGAUUGCUUUGGUAAAUAACUAACUGACUUAUUUAUUUUUAAUAUUUGUUUAUACUACUGUUUAUUGGCAAGUAGUAUAGUUUAUUGUACGUGUUAAGUUGCUGUUCAGCUGUAUACAUAUUUUUAAUAAAUUAUUCUAUCGU